AUGAGUUUUAAAAUUUUCUUAGGAUUAGUGAAAGAGAGAUUGUAAGUAUAUCUUUUGUAUAAAGACUCAAUAGUUCAAAACUCAGAUAUUUGCUUUAUUUAUAUAUGUACAUAUACUUUAUAAGUUUUUAACAAUAUUUUAUUAAAAUUAAUUAUCUGCUACUAAAUUAUUGCAAUGGAAGAAGGUAAAAUGAAAAGUUAUUUUGGACUUAAAAUCGUUGGGUUUUCUUGAAUUUAUUAUUUUUGAUCAGUGCUUGUUUGCGAAUGUAUCUCCAAUAUUGUUUUGUAUUUGGAUCUAAAUCUGAUAAUUUCAAUGGCUCAGUUCUAAUAUUCCAUAGCCAUUCAGGAUAUUCAGAAUCUGGCUUUAACUUUACAUCUUCUCCUUCUUUAUAAAUGUUUGAUCCACAUACAUAAUUCAAUAAUUUAUUGACAUCUUCUUCAACUGGUAGUAUUAUUUUUUCUUGAGCUUUUAUCUUUUUUUUCUCAACUGAAAGAUAAAAUAAUGUAAUAAGAAUUAAUAUUAUUUUUUAUUAAAAUAAAUUUUACAACAAGAGGAAACAAGUUCUGUAAAUUAAAAAAUAAAACAUAUGUGACAUAACCUGUAUUUCAAACGAGUACGUAUUUCAAUUCAUAUGAGAUGAGUUUACUAAAAUACAAUUUUUACCUGCAUAGUUUUUCACUUGCAGCGUAUAUUGUACUGCAAUAAUAUUUUCUGCAAUUCUAGGUAAUCGUAAAAUUGAUAGAAGGGACAUUGUACUGAUAAAUAUAAAUAACAAAUUCUAGAGUAUUAAAUUCUCCAGCCUUGCUUUUCUAUAACUUAUAUAUAUUGUUUAUUGUCAAUGAUAAUUAAAAGUGUAAUGCAUUUUUAUAUUUUCUACACAAAUAAAUUUAAUCAGAACUAUGAAUUUAGUGUUGAAAUUAAAAAAUUUCACCAAUUAUUUCAUAUUGUAAAUAACCUAAUAAAUUUAAAUGAGUUUGAGUCUUGAUAUAAAAUCUUUCAUAUUUACAAUCUAAAUUGUAAAUUUAGUUAUAGAAUAUUUUAAAUUAAUAUUAAACUGCAAUUAAUGCAAAUAAUAGUUAUUUUUUGCUAUAGUUGUAUCAUAACGCGGGACAUUCAAAUGUUGACAACGGUAGUAAAUCAAAUGCGCAAUGACAAACAAUAAAUGUUACACUUAUCUUAGACUUACUUUUUAUUUUAAUUUAAUAAAAAAACUUAAUGUCACACUAUAGAUUAUGACCAUAUCGGUAUUCUAUUAAAUGAUUGAAGUUAAUUUUAACGUGUGGGAUAAUUUCUUUAUGUUUCGGUUAUGUAAUGCCAGUAAGCAGCGAUAGAGUAACGCGGGUAGGUUCGAUUUUAUGGUAAAAUAUUAAAGAAUAUUAUAUACCUCAUAUUAUGUUAUAAAUGAAAAAUAUAAUAUAGACAAAAGUACAUGUAUAUCUUGCAAAAAAGAAUUUAUUUACUUUAUUACUUCAUAAUAUUAUUUUUAUAUUAACUUCUUUAUUUUUAUAUAUAACUUUUUAAUAUUAUCAUAUUUUUUGUAGUUUAUAUCAUGAAAUAAUGAAAAUAAUAUUAUUUAAUAUUUUAGCCAAAAACAGUAGGUUUUGCUAUAAAAGGAAUUAAAGGAGAACCAUUAGAUACAGGAAAUCAAGAAAAUAAUAAUUUUUUGACAAUUGCUCCUGCUUUACCCAUUUUACCUGGAGCUCCUGUACCACCAAAGUUAUUUAAACGCCGUUACAAUUUAUUCAGUUACUUUACAAUGGACAAGUGAAGGAAAAACUGUUGUGGCAACAAGAACAGCUGCAGAAAAAGAGAAAAGUCCUGACAGAAUAUGUCUGGAUAGACGAGGGCUUACUUCCUUUCCAAAUAUAAUUGGAGAGCCACGUUUACGUUUAUUGUCUCUUCAACAUAAUCUUCUUACAAAAAUUGAAAACUGUAAUUUCUCUCAGUUAACAAAAUUGGUAUUUCUUGAUCUAUAUGAUAAUCAAAUUGAAAAAGUAUGCAAUUUUGAAAUAUUAGAAAAUUUAAGAGUACUAUUAAUUGGAAAGAAUAGAAUUAAAAAGAUCGAAGGGUUAAAACAACUUUCUAAAUUGGAAGUUUUAGAUUUACAUGGCAAUCAAAUUGUACAGAUUUCAGAUUUGAAUAAUCUUGUAUCCUUAAAAGUGUUAAAUUUAGCUGGAAAUAACAUUAAAGCUAUAGGUUAUCAUGAUUUCCAAGGUUUAAUAUCAUUAAAAGAAUUAAAUCUUAGACGCAAUAAAAUCAAAAAACUAUUAGGUUUUGAUGAAACUCCACAAUUACAAAAAUUGUAUUUAAGCAAUAAUGAUAUUUCUAAAAUUGAAGACAUAGGAAGUCUUGCUAAAGCAUUACACCUUAGAGAAAUAACAAUUGAUGGAAAUCCUGUAACAUUGAAUGGAGAUUAUGUUUCUUUCCUUGUAUCAUAUUUACCAAAUUUACAAUUUUUAUCAAGUAUGCCAAUUACUGAACAAAUCCGAAGAGCUGCUAUAGCAUGGAGAACAACAAAAGAACAAAGUAAUUCUACUUUCUUAAAUCUUAGUACACAAGUUUGUAUAAAUGCUCGACGAGAAGAAAUUAUAUCAAAUGCCAAAAUAAAUUGGGAACUUCUCAGAUGUCAUUCUAAAUCCUCUAUGAAUAAUGAUAAUAGUAAAAACAAUAAUGCAAUGCAAAUGCAGAAAUCAAAUAAAUUUAGUAUGUUAAAACCUAAAAGCUUAGAAAAUGUAAAAUCAAAGGGUUUUGGAAGUUUGACAUCUAUAAAUGAAAAUAUAGAAGCAACAAAAAUAAAUAUUAAAAAAAGGAGCAAUUCUAGUGAUAAUUUAUUUCGAUUAAAAGAUACAAUUAAAGCAUAUCCAUUAGAAUUUAAAUUGCCACCAAUUUUAGAUUCUAUUGUAGAUAGUUUAAUAAACAAUAAAUUUGAUGAAAAAAUAAAGAAAAACUUAACAAAGACAAAAAUCAAAAGCGACACUGAGAGUAUAUCAAGCAGUGAUUCAGAAAUUCUGGAAAGUCCUGAGAAUUUGCAAAGUUGUUUAAAUUCUCAUUUAUUAAACUCUAAUAAUUAUGUUUCGCCAUGCCAUAUUAGUAAAAUUAUUACUAAUGAAACAUUUGAUUCCAUGAAUACUUUUAAUUCAACCCAACUUGAAAUUGUUGAUGAGCAAAAUGAUAAGUCUUAUGAAAUAUUAAAAUCUUGUAAGCUACCAAUAAAUGGUAAACAAGAUUUAACAAAAAUAUCUCAAAAUAUAAAGUCUCAGAAUCAUGGUCUAACUGAUUGCCAAUCAAAAUCAAGCAUUGAUUCUUCUGGAUAUUGUUCUUUAGGUUCUAAAACAAAUAGUAUUGAUAGUUGUAAGUCAGUAUUGAGUGAUUUCAGUACAUCGUCUACCAGUAAAAAUACAUUGCAAAAAUAUAAAAAUAUAGAAAAAGACAAAAACAAAGUAAAAAGUGCACAAGGAAAAAAGAUAGUGUGUUAUAAGAGUAACAAAGCAGCAAUUGUUAGAACUAAGUAUAAAGCUACAACGCCACAAAGUCCAAUACCAUCACAAAAUCCAUCAAAAGAAAGGGAACAAGGGGGAGAUUAUUUGAUAGAAAUAGUUGGCCGUUGCUUGAAUAUUUAUGGUCAAGGUGCAUUACGUUUUAUCGACCGACUAUGGGACUCUUCGAAAGCUCAAGACGUUAAUAUAUUUAAUGACGUGGCCAAAGUGUUAUGUAAAAUAAAAAAUAGGUUUCCAAACUUAGAGCAUUUUAUGUUUAAAGAAACUAAUAUUAGUUAUCUUGGACAACUCAAUGCAUUAGCUGAAGUGCAAGGAUUAACAAGUAUUCAUAUAGAAACUGGAAAUCCAAUUAUAUCAAAGGAUUGGAAAGUUUAUGCCAUAUUUCGUUUAGCUCACUGGGGUUUAAAAAUUAUUAAUGGAAAAGAAAUCACAAAUGAAGAAAUUGAUAUAGCAAAUGAAGAAUAUGCUGGUCUUGUUGAUAUUGUGAUGUGUUCACUGCCCGAGUCUUUAUUACAACCUUUAUUACAAAGACUUCAUUUAGAGAAAGUGCAAAAACAAACUGGAGAAAUUACUGCCAAACAAUUUUUACUUAACAGCGAUCCAGCUCUUAGAAGUGUCGUUGCUAAGGAAGCAUUGCAAUGGAGAAAAGGAAAUAUAACACAAGAAGACCUUAUUUGGAGACACAGAGGAAAAAUACAUUUACUAAAUUUAAUCAAUCUUACUGUAGAUGCAAUACAAAAGUUACAAUUACUCGAAAGUAUAUGGCCAAGUAUUUUAUAUGAAAUAAUUCACACUACCUUGUUUGAUUUUUCUGAAAUGGAUGCAUAUAUGAAACGUUGUAGCAAAACACUCGAAACUGACAAAUAA